AUGUUGGGGAACACGCCCGCUGCUGUCAAGCUCCUAACUUGUCAGUUAGCCUACUUGACGGCAGCUGACAAGAAGUUCAGGACAGCUGAUGGACUUGAGAUCCACAGAGUUUGGAUUCAGGCAAGAAGAGAGGGAGCCUUGUAUUUCGUUGCAACCUCUUCCGGCAGUGUUUCCAAGUCCGGGUCUAGUGUCAAGCCAGAUGCAAACAGCUUUGAAGUCACGGAUGAGACGGGACCACCGCUGCUCGUCAGGGGCAGCGCCGGCGAGCGCGCGCUUGGAGAGUACGUGCUUGUGGUCGGCAAGCUCGGUUUGAGGCGCAUACCGAAGAUUGGCGUAGGCAAUCGGAGCCAGGACGCGGACGGCACAGCUGCGGGAAAGCGCCAAAAGGACUUCCAGCUGGCUGCGCAAAAGGUUCGCGCCCUGUCCGGUGCGAGCCGGCGUGCAGGCCUCUGGCAUCAGGAGGACGUACAGACGCUGUCAAGGGCCAAACCUAAAGCCAGUGUGUGCCACACUUCAAAAGGAAGCGACGAGUACGAGGAGCCCCAUGCGAUCAAGAACACAGCAGCAGACUAA